AUGCUUGCAAAAUUCGCACUCGAAAAAAAUGAAGACUAUAUAGGAUAUAUGACAUCAUUUAUAUUCUUCAACAUUAUUGAAAGUCUUUGUUACCCAUUACCUGAACAUCCUCAUCGUCAACAUGUAUUUAGUUUAACCACUCAUACUGGUGAUACAUAUUGUUUUCAGUCAUCUAAUCAAUCUGAAUUAGAUCAUUGGAUUCGUACUAUACAUUAUCAUUGUUCAUUAAAAACAAAUGAAAAUUUAUUAAAAAUAACAAUAAAAGAAUUAGAAGAAAAUAUUGAACGUGAAAAUAAAAUGCGUAAAUUAGGUGAAUUACAAUUAAAUUCAUCAACAAGUCAAAAAGUUCGUUUACUUAUAUCAAAACAAAUUGAUUUAUGGGAAAAAAAUUUAGAAGCAUUUCAUAUUGAUUUAUUUCGUAAUAAAUGUUAUUUAUGUGCAUUAACAAAUGAUCGAGAUUUACCAAAUCCAAAAGAUUUACUUUCACAAGCAUGUCCAACAACAAAAGCAACAUUACAUAAACUUGCUGCAUUUGCACCAUGCAGUUUUUACGCAUGUAUUGCUGCACGACGACGAUUAGAUCGUCAUAGAUCAAAAUAUAAAUUUUCUAAUACAAGUAUGAAAGAUAGUCAACAAAAAGAACAACAAACAACAUGUUAUUUAACUACACCAACAAAUUCUAUAGAUCCUAUUGAAUCACCAACAGUAUCUGAUCUAACUAUUUUACAAAUGGUUACAUGUGAUUCCAAUCCUGAAAUGAGAACAAUUGUAUCAAUUAGUGAAAUGGGGACUGUUGGUGAAUUAUUACAGCGUGUAAUUGAUAAAUUAGGACUACAAAUCGAUGAUCAUUUUCUAUAUUUUCAUUCAACAACCUCGCAUGGAUUUGUACCAAAUCGAAAUGAUAAACUCAAUAGUCUUACUUAUUCAUCAAUUGAAAUACGACGCAAAAUCGUAUAUCAAAUAACAUUAAAUAAUCAACUCGAUCUGUCUGGCAUUGAAAUUAUUACUGAAUUAUAUCGCGAAUAUUCAUUACAAGUUAUUGUAUCCAAUGUCAAAAAAGGAAGUGAAAGCGAACGAUUAGGAGUUAAAGAAGGUGAUGAAAUAGUUAUUGUAAAUAAUUCAAUUGUACAAGAUCUUAGUCUUGAUACACUAGAUCAUUAUUUUAAUCGAAUCCCAAUUAUGUUAACACUUCGUUCAUCAAGGUUAAUUGAAUCAACUAAUGAUCCAAGUCGUAAAUUUGAUUUUUCACAUACAAUUAUUCAAAAUUUAAUAUGUCCACCACCACCACCACGUAUUGAAAGAUUAUCAAGACAAGAACUUCGUGAACUUAUUGUCCCCAAACCUGAUUCAGCUUAUCCAAAUGAAAUCACAUUAUCUGUUAAUAACGAUACAAAAGAAAAUGAACAAAUACCAUCAUCAUCAUCGGCAGCAGCACUUGAACGUUUAUUAAAAAAUGUUGAUGAAAUAAGUCGAUAUUGUCGACCAACAACUACUAUAUUAAAUACAAAUACAGAACAGAUAAAUAUCAUAAAUCCAGUACCACGUAUUAAAGCUCUUUCAAAUGCACAACGAUUACGAAAAGUUAUUUUUGAAUUAGUCGAAACAGAAAGAUCUUAUGUACAGGAUAUGCAACGCUUACUCGAACGAUAUAUUGAACCAUUACGUGAUGAUUCAAAACUGUUACCUGCUGAUGCAAUUGAAUCAUUAUAUGUUAGUGUUAAAUCAAUUCAUCAAUUACAACAAACAUUUCUUAAGCGUCUUGAAUCAAAUAUUCCAACGGAAAUACUUGCUUAUAAUGCUACUCAUGAAUUUCGUGAUAUUCUUAUAUCAAUAGCUGAUACAUUUCUUUCAUAUUCUCAAUAUUUUAAAUUAUAUUCAACAUUUUGUGCUAUGCAUUUGAGAAUGAAUCGUUUACUUGAUAUUCAUCAAAAUAAUCAACAUUUAAAAGAAUUUCUUGCUGCACGUAAUCCACGUCAUCAACAUUCAUUAUCAUUUGAAUCUUAUUUAAUAAAACCAGUUCAACGUAUACUUAAAUAUCCAUUACUUAUACAACAAAUGUUAAAUUAUUUAAAUUCAAAUGAAAAUAAUUCUAAUGAACAAUUAUUAUCUACAGAAACAUUGAAAUUGAAACAAGCUAUUACAAUGAUGAAUAAUAUUGGUGAAUAUAUGAAUGGUAUGCAACAACUUUAUGAAGAAUUCGGACAAUCAUUUGAAUAUAUAACUAAAACUUAUAGUGAAGAACAUAAUAAAACAUUACAAUUAAAUUUGCCUGAUCUAUAUGCUUAUGGAGAAAUUGAUUGGAUUAAUAUGCAUUUAUUUCUUCUUGGAAAAAAUCAUCAACGCUUAAAAACAUACUGUUUUGUUUUUCGUAAUGGAUGUCUUUUAAUAGUACGUGAACAAUCAAAUAAGAAAAAACAAGAUUUAUUAUCAAUCUAUAAAGGAAAUAAAAUAAUAUCUGAUCGAUUUAUUCGAUUUAUUCCAAUGGAAGAUAUUAAUGUUGAGUUAAUAGAAAAUGAUGAUACUAAAGAUAAUAAUAUUUCUAUGUGGCAAUUAACUCAAACAGAUUCAAAAACUCGUUUAAAAACAUAUUUUCGAUUUGCCAAUAAAGAUGCUCAAACAUUUGUUAAGACAAUUAAUAAUUGUAUUUCUUCAAUAGCAACAACAGUCGAGUGGCGACAAAAUGCAUAUGAUCGUACAAUAACAAGUAUACGUAAUUCUGAACCAUCAUAUUUAACAAAAAAGACUUCUUCUUCUUCGCAACGUUUAUCAUCAAGUCGUUCAUGUAAUGUUUUAUUAACAUCGAAUUCAAGAUCAUUAAAUCAAAAGUCUGAUAAUAAUCGACAAAGUCCAUCACCUAUUUGGAAACGACGUACAACACCUAUUCGAAGACAACCGUUAUCAAUGAAUAUUCGACAAAAAACACUAAGAAAUUCGACUGAUUGUUAA